AUGUCCAAUAUCGCGUUCACUCGAAUUCAACGGGAAUGCAAAGAAGUUGUCACCAAUAAGGAGAUCGCUGAGACGGGUAUUAUGAUCGAAAUUCUGAAUGAUUCACUGUCGGAGAUUAAAGGACAAAUCCGAGGACCACCCGAUACACCAUAUCAAGGAGGCUCAUUCGAUUUGGAAAUCAAGAUCCCGGAUACCUACCCAUUCACACCGCCAAAG